CCAUUUGAUAUUGGUUAAUUAAUAUCAACAAAUCAAAAGAGAAAAGAAUGAAGUUUACAAUGGCUACGUUGUUGUUUGUUUCCCUGGUUUUGUGUUCAUCAUUUAUCCAACACUCCUUUGCUGCAUAUCCUGCAGCUCCUGUUUCUCCUCCAUCACCUGCUCCUCCGAGUUUCUGUGACAGCAAGUGCGGGGAGAGGUGCGGGAAGGCUGGAAUGAAAGACCGGUGCUUGAAGUAUUGCGGGAUAUGCUGCCAAGAAUGCAAAUGUGUUCCAUCGGGUACCUAUGGGAACAAGUCGGAGUGCCCUUGCUAUAGGGACAAGAAGAACUCCAAGGGCAACCCCAAGUGCCCUUGAACUUCAACUUCCCAUAUGCAUAUAUACGAUGGUGUUC